AUGGAAUACGCGCGCUUUGUGGCGUGCGCAGUACUGUUGCUGUGUCCGCUCGCGCUGAGCCGACACGAUGACGACUUUGCUUUCGACAACAACGAGGAGUUUCAGGUUGAACUGACAGCGAAUCAUUCAGAGAUAGCAAAAAAUGGCCUAAGGAGGUUAUGGGGUGUUCCGGACACAUCGGCCUACGUGGGACAUCUAUUCAGAAUGGAAAUCCCUAAAGAGGCCUUCUCCGGGGCCGUGUUAGCAUAUAAGGUUAGGAAAGAAGAUGGUCGGCAUAUGCCAAACUGGCUGGCUGUAGACACCAAGCACGGACUCAUAACCGGCGUGCCACAAAAGCAGGAUUUAGGCUCUCACGCCUUCACCGUAGUGGCUCACGGGCGCACACACGGACUGACAGCUACCGACUCAUUCACUAUUGAAGUGAAAAGUUCGGAUGAUAAGCCACAAUCUAAGUACGGAACUUGUGUUAAUAACGAAAAAAGACUUGUAUUGGCGAUACUCAUAGAUAGCAGCUUCCACAAAAUCUCGCCUCGUCAACGGAUACGAGCGCUCAUGGAACUUGCUAGUUUCAUGGCGUUAGAUGGGGAUGAAUUUUGGAUGGAGCCAUACAAAGCAGAAUCAGCGAAAUCUCAUACAGUUCUUAUGAGCGGAGCGGGCACUACGAAACGAAGAAAAUCCGAAGCAACCACUGCUAUAUACUUGAAUGUGGGUUGCGGUGAAAAGCUCUGGUCACGUCACAAAGUCCUGGUAGCUGGGUUAAGAGAACAGUCACGUGAUGGAACACUCCAUCAGAUUCUACGUUUACCAAUACUCGGCUGGAGACUGAUUGGUAUUAAACCCUUACCUCGACACAAGCGACAGACACCUCUCGACGAAGGGUCCGGCCUGUCCUACGACAUGUACGACGAAGAGAACGACGACCAAUACAGUGGAUACGACGAAGACGACGAAGGAGAUGACUACACUAACAUAGACGUCGGGCCCGUGCCUGAUAUCGAACACAAAGUGAAAAUCACUCCGUACUCUGAAUCUGCAUCGGAAGCCACCAACACAAUCAAUGUAUCAAAGGAUGCUGUGGACCCACGACGUUUCCAAGACCACGUCCCAAUUGUAAUAGUUCCUGAAGAUAUAACAACAUCAACGGAACCCGAACUGCAAACCGUAAUAAUACGCGAGUCCAACGAAGUACCGGUGUCAUCGGAAAUACCGUCGACGCAGCCCACGACUGAGGAAACUUUGACAAGUCCAUCAACAACGUCAAGUACAACAACGUCCACGACAACGACAACGGAAACGACAUCCACUUCGACGACAACGACAACCCCGCCACCCGUUACCAUAGUAACCGUACCAACAACGAUUCCUACAACACCUACCCCCGAAGUUACGACAGAAGAAGUAACCAAGCAGGAAACAUUAACAUCGACGGACAGAAGCAGCACCAUAAUAGGCAGAACAACAGAGACUGUUCCGUUCACUCUACCCGUCAACCAGCCCCCUACACUAAAGCAUCAUAUGAAAAAGCUCGCCAUCACUGCCGGAAAGGCAUUUAGAUAUAUCAUCCCUGCCGACCUGUUCACUGACCCGGAGGAAGGCAGUAAUCUAACAUUCACCAUGUACGAAGCCGAUAACGUGCCGCUGAGCAAAAAUUCUUGGAUACAGUUUAUUCCAACUGAAAGAGAGGUCUAUGGAUUGCCACUCGAGGCGCACGUGUCUCGCUGGAACUUCAUAGUAGAAGCGCAAGACAGCGAAGGACAAGUCGCUAGAGGGCCUCUAGACAUCACAGUACAACAGCACAAAAGCGGGCGUACCAUCAACCACCAGUUCAUCAUGCAGUUCAAACUUCUCAAACAAUACACUACGGCAAUAGAUUGGCAGAUUAGAGCCCUGGAAGGCAUAGUCAAUCUAUUCAGGGACACUGAUAUGGAUCAUUUGACAGUGUUAAAUGCGACACAAAAUGGCGAUCUGUACGAGUUUGUUUGGACUAACGAUACUCUGCCCAAAGACCCGGCGUGUCCUAUGGAUGAUAUCAACAGGCUUAUGAAGAUUAUGUCUUCGGACACGGAGAGUGGCAGUCCGUCGGCGGGGCUGGCGCGCGCCAUGUCACCGGAGCUGAAGGUGUCGGAGGUGGCGUGGCGCGGCGCGGGGCGCUGCGCGGGGCCCGGCGCUGGGACCGGCGGCGCGCGCGCGCCCGACACCUACCCGCCCGUCACGCGCAACCAGGUCGACCACCUCACCGCCACCGUGGGCCAUCUGCUCGUCUACAAGGUGCCGGAGGAUACAUUUUUCGACCCAGAAGACGGCAGCACGCGCAAUUUACACUUGUCUCUCAAAUAUAGCGAUCGCUCGGAGUUACCUUCAAAUCACUGGUUGCAGUUCGACGCACGGAACCAGGAGUUUUAUGGACUGCCUACCAGUAGCGAUGAAGGAAGCGUACAUUAUCAGCUGAUCGCCGAGGACUCUACCAAGAAGAGCGCCUACGAUAGCCUGAUAGUGGAAGUGGCGAAGGCGCCGACCAUCCGCCCCACCGUCGAGUUCCAAAUGACAAUGGACCCGUCGCCCAACCUCGUCGACAGUGCGAAUUAUAAACGAAAAGUCGUAGAGAAGCUGGCAGCUCUGUUUGGACAGAAAGAGACGGAUAAUAUCAGGAUACAAAGUAUAACGGAUAAUCCUACUACGAUUAUAUGGUACAACACAAGCUUGCCAAUGGACAGAUGUCCGCAACGAGAAAUCGAAGAGUUACGAAGAAUGAUAAUAGUGGACGAGCGAGGCGCUGUCGGUGGAAAUCUAAAAGAUCACGUCGACCAGAUAUUCGAUAAAGAUUUAAAGGUCAUGUCCAUUCGUCUCAUACCUCUAGGACUUUGCGCAGAACAAAAUACCAAAGUACCUAAAGCAAUGGUCCCGGUGCACACCGGCACCAAUUUGCAGAAUAAAGCAACAAAUGCCAGUCCGGAAUAUUCAGAUUAUUUGGUCACUUUCGUCAUACCUGCUGUUGUUAUCGUGUGCAUGAUUGUUGUAGCGGGCAUCAUCGCCUGCGUGCUCUAUAGGCGGCGGCGUACAGGCAAGAUGAGCGUUGGCGACGAAGAAGAGCGUCAAGCGUUCAGAUCCAAGGGCAUCCCGGUGAUAUUCCAGGACGAGCUCGAAGAGAGAGCUGAUGCUGAGCCGGCGGAUAAGAGUCCAGUGAUCAUGCGAGAGGAGAAGCCCCCCCUCCUGCCCCCCGCCCCCGAGUACCGCGACGACGCGCCCUACCGCCCGCCCCCGCCCUUCACCGCCACCCGCACCCCCCCGCGCCCCAAAGCCACCCCCACCUACAGGAAACCCCCGCCGUAUGUACCCCCC